CAAGCUUUUCCGCAGCUUCACUUCUCCAGCAAAACUUUGACCGGAAAGAAGCUUCCCACUGCCCUCGCGAAGCCGGCACUUCGUAGGAUCCUGGGGCUUCUAACCUUUAGAGUCCUGUACGUGAGGACUUGCGUGCGCGCGCGUGCGUGCGUGUGGGUUUGUGUGUGCUUGUGAGAGAGUUCGCGUGUGAAGCGGUGUGCUUGUGUGUACGACGGUUCAGGAUGAGUUCCUCUACCGCAUCGAUGCCGACACCGACACCCCACAGCUUCAAUAGGCUUGUGGAGGAUCAGAAGCCGUCCAAAACGGACAUUAAUAGCGUGAUAAUGGAUUAUCUGAUCAAAGAGGGCUACCCGGACUCGGCGAGGAAGUUUGCACUCGAAGCAAACAUUAAGCAAGGCGCCAGAGAUGAGGAGGCCAUCAGGGCGAGGGUAGAGGUCAAGAAUGCGAUUCACUCGGGCCAGAUUCAGACGGCUAUCGAGCGGAUCAACGAACUGGAUCCUGAGAUCCUCGACCUGGAUGCGCCUUUGCACUUCGCUCUCCUCCGGCUUCAGCUGAUUGAAAUCAUCCGCUCAUGCUCUGUUAAUGCUUCAGGCAACCCUGAUAUAUCACCAGCCAUUACCUUUGCUAAAGAGCAGCUUGCUCCCAGGGCUAGCAUCAACCGUGAGUUCCUACACGACCUCGAGCAGACGAUGUCUCUGCUUGUGUUCCAAACCGACUCCCUUAGCCCGCAACUUGCUGCUCUUCUCAAGCCUGAUCUCCGCCGCGAAGUUGCGGACCGCGUCAAUUCGGCAAUCUUGAAGAGACAAGGUUACGACGUUGAUGCGAGGAUCAAGGAGUGGGUGAAGGCUCGCACUUGGGCAGAGCAAUAUGCUCGUAAGACGAAGAAGGAUAUUCCAUCGCGGAUAGUUAUAGGCCUUGACGGGGAUGAAGAGCCUCAAUACGAUGAAGCGAAUGGAGAUGCUAUGGUCACUUCGGGAUGACCAAAUUUCAUCUUUAUUUAGCCUUCGCCAAUGCCUGCUGCUGAAGCAAAGAAGCUCGAGCUGCCUGAUUCCCACCGGACAAAGCCGUACGAUGCCCUUCUCGGCGCUACCAUUUGAAGGUACAAGUGCGUUUGGUCUCCGAUCAUGGUUACCAAGGAGAAGUGGAAUAUCGUUUUAAAGAGGAAAGAAAUGAUGAGUGAAUGAGUGAAAUGAGUUCACGAACGAUUGAAAUGAUUAAGAUUGAGCAAAUGCCCGUAAUUCUAGAGAUGGGAAGGUUGGAAUGAUUGUAUGAAUAAUACAUACAUGAUUUGCAUCAGCGUGGUCGGAGGAGCCCCAGUAGGAUCGCGGUGAUUAGUGCACCGACGACCGCUCCUUCCAGAGCUACUGUGCUCAUAUCAACCAUGCGAACUGUAAUGUUACGCUCGCUGAAGAGAUCUACCACCUUUUCCUUGAUAGAGGUCUGCGGGGCAAGGGGUUCUAAAUCUCCUGGCGCCGUGGUAUCAAGAACAGGCUCAGCC